UUUUUUUCUCAAUGCUUUUUUUUUUUUUUUUUUUUUGUGUGUGUGUGUGUGUAAAAAGAAUGUCAAAAUUAAAAUCAAAACCUACUACAAACGAAUUACCAAUGAAAUACUCUAGUACAGAAGAAGAGGAAGAAGAAGAAGGCUCCAUACAAUGUAUAUGCGACGAUAUGAGUGAUGAUGGUUUUACUAUUCAAUGUGAAGACUGCGAAAAAUGGCAGCAUGCUGAGUGCGUGAAAAUCAAAAAGACGAAAAUACCAGACCAUUACAUUUGUUAUCGCUGCAUGAAAAAAAAAUCCAAGCUUCAAAAGCCUGUUGGCACUCGUUUUGAUGGUGACCAUGACAUCCUUUUACUAAAUCAAUUUACCUAUACUAACAAGAGUGUCUUUAAAGAACGUAUUGUGAUGGACUUAUUUAAAGAAAUACAUCGACAAUGGAUGGACCUCUAUAAAUCAAACACUUCAAAAGCCAGUCCGAUCACAUCCAAUACGCAUAAAGGACUAGACUCAAUCACGGUUAUGGAAAGUGAUUUGUUAUUACCCGUCAUUCCUAAAGCUACUAUCAAACCCAUCCAAAAGGCCUUGCGUGGAUCUUUUUUGCAAAGACAGAAAACCCAUACUCAAAAGGGACUUUUUGCUGAUAUUCAUAUUCCAAAAAAUCGGUAUCUGAUGGAAGUGACGGGUGAACUCAUGCGAAAAUCAGCUUAUAAAAACAAUCCUGCCAACAAGUAUCAGUUAUUGGGGACACCCUUGGCGCAUGUCUUUUUUAUCGUGCGCAAUGACAGUCGGUACAUUCGCCGUUCUUGUUCUCCAAAUGCUGAGCUCAAGAGUAUUAUCUUACCUCAUAACAGUCAUGAUCAAAUGAUUCAUAUGGGUAUCUAUACAAACGAACAAGUAGGACGUGGUGAAGAAAUCACUCUGGGUUGGGACUGGAAUACAAAAGUGAUGAUGUACCAAAAAAACAAGGACUUUUUUCGUCAUGAGAGUUACCAAGUGGAAAUUAAGCCAGAAGAAAGGGGUUCAUUGAAAGAGAUGAUGGACUUGAUCACGAAAGAGUUUGGUGACUGUGCUUGCGAGAACAAGGAUGAAUGUCUAAUAGAGUAUUUAAAGGAUGAACUUAAGAAAGAGAAAGCCAAGAAAGCCAUUUUCUCUUCUGAUGAAGACAACCAAAAGGCACCUGUACAUUCAAAUGCUUUUUCACCACCCAAGAAACGAUGGCUUUUGCAAUACACAUCACACAAGAAAUUAUUGGCAGAACAAGACAUGACAGAUAAAAACAAGACCAGUAAUGAUUCAGCCAUGGUCAUGGUUGUCAAACCAAUGUUAAAAAAGAUCUCACUUCAAGAAUACAUGUCUCGUCAACGACAAAGUCAAUCUAUGCAUGAUUAAGAACAUCUUGUAACAUUACAUGUAAAUAAACUGCUUUUAAUACACACACACAUACACACACA